GUACUUUGUAGUCCCAACCAUCAGACCAGAAACAUAACAAUGCCUCCGAGCGAGGAAGAUAUAGCCUGGUUUCGAUCAACAUUCCACCCCAUACCGAAGCCUGCUCUCCCGGACGAUACAAUCGAAUACUCCCUCUACAUACUUUCGACUUCUGAAUCAGAAAAUGAUUCUGAAACCCGGUUGCGGCUACGAGACGUCCAGAAACAGGCGACGGAUUUGCAGCGAAAAUAUCUGAAGGACUACAUAUGGCAACGCCAAGGGUUCUCGUUGGAACUCAACAAAGAAGAUGGACUGAGCGUUUUACGAGGUCGAACCGAAUAUGGCGAUUCCGUCGAAGACGAAUGGGUCGUGGUGUGGCUUUUGCGAGAAUUGACACGCAAAUCCAGCGACCUUUGGGUCAAAGUCACGGACAACGACGGCGAGUUCCUCCUCAUCGAAGCAUCGGGCACUCUACCCGCCUGGCUGGAACCGGAAGUCGCAGAAAAUCGGGUCUGGAUCAAUGAAGGCCAGCUCAAGAUCAUAAAGCCUGCUGCAGCUGCGAGGUCGUCCCGGCGCACGGAGGAAAAGUUGACUCUGGGACAGGCCAGGGAAGUACUGUUGUGGGAACCGAAAAGGAUCAUGCACUCGACAACCAUCGAGGAGGAGGCUUUCUUCCGUCUGCGGAAUUAUCCAGCUCAAAUUUCCGGGAACAUGCACCAUGCCGUCGUCACGUUGCCACGGAAGAUUGCUUUUCUACUUCACCAAAAGCCAGCGUACAUCUCGCCAGCGGUCGAGGCGUUCUAUCUCCGUGACCCGAUCGCGCUCAAACCUCUGCAAAAGAAAGAGAACCAAGAUAGUAUGGUAUUCUCGCCUAAGGAUGCCGUGACUGUCAGCGUCAAGUUCCCACGGGUCGCUUAUGCGCAGCUCAAGUCUCAGGACUUUGCCGCUCCCGCCGUGUUCAACGUGUUCAUGCCGUCGAGGACGGAGUCCAAAUCCUAUACGCAGGCGGAGACGGGCAUGAAGGUGACGUGUGGGUUUGAGAUGUUGGUCACAGAUAGCCAGUACCAGGAUCGGCCCGCGGUGCGUGAGAUGAAGAUGUUGUUGGACGACCUGGACUCGGGAGACGAAAAGUUGCCUUCAGAUGAUGAGAUCAAGCAAUGGGAUCGACGCGAGGACGACGAGAAGUGGCUCGACAUCGAUUUUGAUGACCUGCAGAGAGAGCUGGACGGUGAGAAGGGGAAGAAAACUGGCUUUGGAGACAAGACCGCUCAGGAGAACCUGCAGCGUAUCGUCAAGCAAUUUGAGGACUUUCUCAACGACGAUAAAACGGGUCCAGAUGCCGGAGGGCUGUUUGGCGAGGACAGCGACGAUGAAGAUCUCAAUGACUACGACGACGAUGAUGAUGAUGAUGACGAGGGCGAGGACAAAGAAGCCAGCUUCGGCGAAGACGAGUUUACAAAGAUCAUGCAAGAAAUGAUGGGGAUGCCACCCGAGGUCAUGAAGGAAAUCAUGAGUGGGAAACUCGGGGCAGACGCUCGGGAUCCCGCGGAGCGAGCCAAGCUGCGACGACCCGACGAGGUUGGCGGGCGCCGCGUGGAGGAGGUUGACGGUUCGGACGACGAUGAAGAAGAAAACGACGGUGAAGAUAUGCAAGCGUUCAUGAAACAGAUGGAACGUGAAUUGAGGGGGUCUGGAGCUCUGGAACUCGGGUCUUCCUCGCAGGCCAAGCAGCCUGCCAUCAAGGCCGGCAACAAAGACAUAAAGAAACCAAGCCAGGACGACGACGAGGCUGGUGAAUUGUCUUCGGACGACGACAUCGACAAUGAGAUUGAUAUCGACCUGGCAAGGAAUCUGUUGGAGAGUCUGAGAGCACAAAGUGGAACGGCCGGUCCUGGGUCCAAUCUGAUGAGUAUGAUGGGAUUUGACCAGCUUGAUGAUAAUGAGGAUGAGGUUGUAGCCGGCCCCAGCAAACGAUAAGAGGUCCCCCAUGAAUUCACAACAAUACGAGUUGGUACUUUAUGUAUGCAAGCCAUCAAUGAGUUUUUGAGAAAUAAAAGAGACAGGCAAAGCGAAUGGAAAUUUGUCACGUGCAGUUGCUAUAUGGAAGCACUGAGACUUUUUUCACAUGGCGUUUCGAGGCUGGUCCAGGAAGGAGAAGCAAAAUAUUAUUAGGUGAAUGUUCAUCGUGUCCAUCCCAAGGUUAAACGCAAAAUGGAGUUAUCUGAAAACUGCGACAGGAAAUAUACCUAGGUAGUCAGUAUCCAUCCCGGCCUUUCACAACA